AGUAAGAUGGCUGUCUGUAGCCUCGUGCUGCUGCUCCCCGCCUCGACCCGCUCACAGUCACACAACUCAGUCACACAACUCCACUACACUUUCUGUCGGGUUUUACGCAUUGUAUGGACCCUGACUCAUUAAACUAAGCGACUACGGAAUACGACGCUCGAAUGGUACCCGGAUUCGAUCCGGUGUAGAGGUGGGAAUGAAUCGGCACCAGGAUGCUUGGUUCUAAGCUAUUAUUUCUAUUCAAUGGUAGCUUUUGAUUGUGCCUGACGAGAGCGAGAGAGAGAGAGAGAGAGAGAGGGAGAGAGUAUCAUGGCCGCUCAGGUCGCCACUCUCAACACUAGCCCGCCUUCAGAACUAAAAAAGCCGGAUCGAGAACCAAAAGAGGAGUCGGUACCGGGGGAAAAACAGACGGACAAGAAACCCUCGGGAUUAGACAGCGGAUCACCGGGACGGGGAGACCUGCAGGACGGGGCCGACGGAGGAAAUGCAGGGGGAGGAGGGGAACCUGAGAUGAAGAACGGGAAUGGGAACCCGCCCAGGCCUAAUAAUAAUCAGAAUGAUUCUAUCGGACCGGAUGGGAAUAACCACCCUGGUAUGGUUAAUCACCACGGGUCCGCUUUUCCUCCACCCUCGUACGGAUACAGUCAGCACUACGGUCGGGCCCCUUUUCAUCAACAUGGCGGACAACAAAGCCCUGGCAUGGCAGCUGCUGCAGGUCCGGUCGUGCAGUCGAGCAACAUGAUCGACCCAUAUCAACCCAACUCGCACGACCAUGGAUUUUCUAGCCAUCCGUUCAACAAUUACAGCCCCUUCCCAAACAGAACUCCCUAUCCCGGCCAAGGAUACGGCAUGAACUCCCCACGCAAUACCCAGGCACCGACAGCUGGGGGACAGCCAGCUAAGCAACAACCAGCGGGAGGACCCACAGCAAUGGCUGGAUCUUACAAUAAUCAGAGAUAUACUAUGGGAAACCCUCAGCCCACAUCCACCCCGACACUUAACAAACUCCUAACAUCCCCCAGUUCUACCCGGGGGUACCCCAACUACCCGCCCGGUGACUACAGCGGUCCAGAAGGCGCUACUAAGGGACCAGCAGACAUGGGCAGCAGCGGUCCUUAUGGAGGCAGCAACCCGGCCUGGCAACAAAGACCCCAUCACCCGUCGCCUAUGAGUCCGGGAAGUGCCGGGCCACCGCUUGGCAGAAACCAGCCUCCUGGACCCAUGGACCCGAUGGGGAAGAUGCGAGGCCAACCAUACGGAGCAGGGAGUCCGUACUCCCAGCAGCCCGGGCAGGGGCCCCCGACCGGGCCCCAACAGGGACCAGGCUACCCAGGCCAGGCGUACGGCCCCCCGGGUCCGCAGCGAUACCCGGUGGGGAUGCAGGGACGCGCUCCCGCGGGCAUGGGGGCGAUGCCGUACGGCCCACAGAUGGGGUCCUACGGCCAACAGGGACCGGGAGGGUACGGGCCUCAGUCCCAGGCCCAGUACUACGGCCAGCCCGGCCAGGCCCCCCACCCCGGCCAGCAGCAGACGGCCUACCCCCAGCCCCCCUCCGGACAGCAGGGCGGGCAGACGCCUUACCCGGGCCAGCCCCACCCGGCGCCCUCCUCCUCCUCCGCCGCCGCCCACAGCCAGGGCGCGCCGGCCUAUCAGCAGCCCCACAUGCCCCCCCAGGGCCAGGGCCCGCCGCCGGGCGCGUCCCAGGGCCCGCCGCAGCAGACGCCGUACUCCCAGGCGUCGGCGCCUCAGUCCGGCCAGUCCCCGUAUCCCCAGCAGCAGGGGCCCCCCAGCCAGGCGCCCUCCGGCCUGCCUCCCUCGCAGGCCGGCCCGCAGGCUCCCGCAGGGCCCCAGGGCCAGUCCAACUACCCGGGGGCCACGCAGGGGCCGCAGCAACAGCAGCCGUCCCAACAGCAGCAGCAGCAGCAGCAGUCCUCCUCCCAGCAGCAGGCAGCCAGCCAGCCCUCACAGCAGACCCCAGGACACGGGCCCCAACACCCACCCCAGGGCCCGUCGGGAGCGUACCCCCAAAACCCUGCCGCUGCACCUCCUACCACACAACAGCAGCAGCAGCAGCAGCAGCAGCAGCAGCAGCAGCAGCAGCAGCAAGCACAACAGUCUCCUUACCAGCGGUUUCCCCCUCAACAACAGCCCCAACAGGAUCUGUCGGGCUCCCUCGAGGACCUGCCCGUGGGCACCGAGGCGGCCAUGAGCCCCGGCGUGAGCACGCCCGGGGUCAGCACGCCCGGGGUGAGCACCCCGGGGGUCUCCAGCAGCCAGGGGGACCAGAGCAACCCGCCCUUCUCGCCCCACACCUCGCCCCACCUGCCGGGCAUCCGCGGCCCUUCGCCGUCGCCAGCCGGCUCACCAGCCAGCGCCGGCGCCGGCCGCAGCGGCCCGCUGUCUCCCGCCAACAUGCCAGGUAGGCCCGCCUCACUUCCUGGACCCCGUGCCCUCACUUCCUGGACCCCGUGCCCUCACUUCCUGUCCCCCGUGCCCUCACUUCCUGUCCCCGUGCCAGGCGAGGGCGGUUCUAUUUGA